CGUCAUACAGCGGGGCAGAGCCAAAAUGGCGUCUUCAACAACAACAACAACAACAACACCGCUGUUAUUAUUUUGCGUGGCAUCAUUUUCAAUUCACAUCAGCUCCUGCAGACUUUUAUCUGAGCCUUGUUACAAACCUCUCAGAGACGGUAGUCCGGACUCUGUCAGGACACGACCUCGCCCACACGAGUAUGUGAAGGCGUCCGAUCUUCCUCUGUCCUGGGACUGGAGGAACAUCGCGGGGAAGAACUAUGUGAGCGUCACACGGAACCAGCACAUCCCCCAGUACUGCGGGUCCUGCUGGGCCAUGGGAGCCACCAGUGCGCUAGCUGACCGCAUCAACAUCAAGCGUGGAGGAGCGUGGCCGUCGUCCUACCUGUCGGUGCAGAACGUGAUAGACUGCGGCGGGGCGGGCUCUUGUUACGGAGGAGACCAUCUGAGAGUCUACGCCUACGCACACAAGAGAGGCAUUCCUGACGAAACCUGCAACAACUACCAAGCCAAAAACCAAAAGUGUGAGCAGUUCAACCAGUGUGGCACGUGUUCCUUCUUUCAGUCGUGUGCUGUUGUGAAGAACUACACGGUGUGGAAAGUGGGCGACUACGGAGAAGUUUCAGGGAGAGACGAGAUGAAAGCUGAAAUUUACACCAACGGGCCCAUCAGCUGUGCCCUGAUGGCCACCGACGGCCUGGAGGGAUACUCUGGAGGAGUCUUCUCAGAGUUUCACCCGCUCUCUUUGCCCAAUCACAUCGUGUCUGUGGCUGGUUGGGGCGUGGCGGAGGACGGGACCGAGUACUGGAUCGUCAGGAACUCCUGGGGAGAGUUUUGGGGAGAACAUGGCUGGGCAAGAAUAGUCACCAGUGCCUAUAAAGGAGGAAAAGGCAACUGGUUCAACCUGGGUGUUGAGAAAAACUGUGCAUAUGGAGACCUGUUGUAACAUAGAUUAAACUGACUGAAGUUAAGUCAUGGAGGGUUUUUUUUUUUUUACAAAUUAAAGGAGUAGUUCAACAUUUCAGGAGCAAAAUCAAAUUAUAAAAAAAGACAAUUCACUCUUCUAUUGUUUGUAACCUCCACUGGUUGCCAGGCAACUGGUUCAGGCCAAGAAAUUGUUUGGCAUACAACCGCAACGUGUCAUCUUUACACUUUGUUUUUUUUAAUAUAAUAAAUAAACUAGAAAUAACAUUUAAUUAGUGAGCUUUGGAGGUUCUGGUAAGUGGAUUUUAUUACGUUUUGUUACGACUGAGGAAGACUAGUUGUGUUUCCCCCUCUGUCCAGUGUUUAUGGUAAGCUAAGCUAACGAGCAUAGAGCUACGUAUUUACCUCACAGACAUGAGAGUGGCAACAAAGGAGGAAAGAUUAGCUCCAUUUUGAUGUCCACUGAUGUAUUAAACCUGUAAUUAAUGCAUUAUUUUUUCAUAAUUCAUGGAAACACAUGUAAAAUCUUGUUAGUACAGAUUUUAGUUUUGUUUUUUUAAUUGUUUUUGAGGCCUUUUAUUGUUUUUUAAUGGAUAACGACAGCUGUAAAGUGACAGAAAAGUGAGAGAAACACUAAUAAAAAGGCUACAGGUUGAACACAUGGCUGCUGCAGCAAGGACUCAUAGGACAUGGGGCACCAGCUCUACCAGAUGAGCUACCAGGGUGCCCAGUUAUUGCAGAUUUAUACGUUUUGUUAGACUAAUAAAUGCAACUUUAGAGCUACUUUUGUGAAUCUUACUUAACCUUAAACUUAACCACUGAAUUUACAUAAAUAUCCUGAUACAAGAUCAGUUUUUCAGGCCUGAAAAUGCAAACUGGACAGAUAACCUGCUCUUGAAUGCAGCUUAAGCUCAAAAUAACUCUCAGAAAAAAAAGAGGUAAAAAACCUGCAGGUUCUUCAGUUCAGAUCCAUUAUCACGUUUCUAAGGAAACAAUUUAUUCUUUCAAAUGAUAGGCGAGCUGAGUCACUCACAUUUAAAUUCACCUGUGAUUAAACGUUAGUGGGGAGAUUACAGAUACAUUUUUCUUUCAUAACAUCUGCACAGCACAACAACAGCUUCUAAAUGAGCCUGUCCAGAGGCAGUCCGAAGGAUUUAACCUCAAACCUGGUUGGAUACAGUAUCACGGAGAUCCAGCACAUACAUUAACCGGCUCGCUUUAAGCCAAACCAAGGGGUGACUUUUGUCUUAUGCAAACCUGACGCAUAUGGAAAUGUCCUCUUUAUCGCCUUUGUUUGUUAUGGUAAUGAAUCUGCAGAUUUUUAGAAGAAAAGGGGGCCAUUAAGGACACAUCCUCCCCCACAUCCUACAAAUAAAAACAACCACUCUGUGGAUAUUUUAUAGUUGUACUGGUUCCAUUAUUUUUAGACUCUGUUUCAUUAUAUUUGCUGGUAGCACAAGAUCUAAAUGCUGUUUCAAAUUCAAAGCCGUCUUCCUUUUUUUUUUUUGUCAUCCAGUGAAAAGACCAAACAAUUAAUUGAUCCAAGUAUCUCUUAUGUAUCCUGGUGUAUCUUAUUCCUCUGUGUCACAGAGCUCCGCUGUUAUAACUAUUAAAAACACAUCAAUGAGCCACA